AUGGAUAGGCAGGCGAAAGCAUUGGAGAGGAGUAUAGACAAAAUUCACGAAAUUAAACUCCAARUACAAGAGAUAAAGAUCGAAGGUGAUUGRGAGCCAAACGAGGUUAGAAAGUGGACGGAGGAGCUCGAAGCUAAGCUUAGUAAGUAUGAGAAGGAAUUUAAAACUAUCAAGAACGAAGUGACCGAAGUAGAGAGCAAAGAAAAGGAGAAAAUYGAGCAAGAAAAACGCCAGCGUGUUUUCGAAGAYGAAUUGAAGCUACAGGAGGUCAAAUUACAGCGUCAGUUCGAGAUGGAGAAACAAUACAAAGAGGUUACAGAUUCCUCGUCUAAGCCAGGGAGUUUUAGCCGUGCCAAGCUACCUAAGCUGGUCAUAACGCCUUYCCAGGGAACUCAUCUCGACUGGAUGCGGUUYUKGAGUCAAUUUGAAACAGAAAUCGACAAGUCAGAGGUUAGCCAAGUCACUAAGUUUUCAUAUCUCAAAGAGUUAAUUAUUCCCAAGGUCAGGGGCUUGAUAGACGGUCUCCCUUACACAACAGAGGGGUAUGAACGGGCCAAGAGCGUGCUGAAAUCCAAAUAUGGGAAACCAAGUGAGGUAUCAAAUGCGCACAUGCAGUGUAUCAUUUCAUUGCCGGUUAUUCCAGGGAAUGGGCCCUCCAAAAUCCAUGAGUUUUAUGAGAAUUUGGUUGCUCAUGUUCAAGUACUGGAGACUAUGGGUAAACUUAAGGAGAUAAACGGAUAUGUGAGGCUUACACUGGAUAAACUUCCAGGCGUUAGAGCAGAUUUAGUAAGAUUAGAUGAUAACUGGCAAGAGUGGGGUUUUCCUCAACUAGUAGAAUCCUUGCACAAGUGGUGUGAGCGCAACCCUAUAACCUUCGACCGUAAGGCGCCUAUCCCUACACCUGAGCACGGUUUACGGAAGUCACCUCAAAAGCGAGAAAGGGUAUUUCAAACUAAGGAAGAAACGAGCAAGAUUAUCACAUGUGUCUAUUGUGAGUCGGGUCAACACAAGUCUGUAGAUUGUGAUCAGGUGAAAGGUGUCCAAGAGAGAAAGAAAUCCUUAGCUGCAAAGAAGCUGUGCUUCAAUUGUACUGGCGCAAAGCAUAGAGCGGCAGAUUGUCGCAGCAAGCACAAGUGCCAAAGGUGUGAGGGCAAGCAUCACACGUCUAUCUGCGACAAACAGCCCGGAUCGAACAUGAUGAUAGCGGCUGGGGAGGGUAGCGUGACUUAUCCUGUAGUCGUGGUCCUUGUAGAUGGCAUAAAAUGCAGAGCGCUGCUAGACACUGGGGCAGGCAGCUCGUACGCGUCAGCUGCACUGCUCGAGCGCCUUAACAAACGGCCUUUGCGUAGUGAAUACAAGAGAAUUGAUAUGAUGAUGCACUCAACAACUCAACGUAUAGAUGUUUACAACGUGAAGGUGCAAAGCAUCGAUGGAAAGUUCGAGAUGUCAACACUYGUGAGUAAAGUUGACAAGGGAGCCCUUCUUAUGCUACCAAACCCAAGGUACGCUGAGAUUAUCAAAAGCUACAGCCACCUGAAAGGGGUCAUCAUGGAGGAUGACGACACAAAGAGCGAGUUGCCUGUACACCUGAUUCUUGGUGCAAGCGAGUAA